GUUAUAUCAAUUAAAUUUACAGAUAAAAAAUCACUGAGACAACUUUUGAGUAAAGAUUAGUAGAAGUUGAAGAACAGUAAUGAAUGUAGUUACGCAUUACUUUGAUUAUAAUAAUAGAUUAGGAGUUGGUCCCGAUCAGAUCAUUGCUGUAUUUCAUUCCAGUAUUUAGGGUCCAACACGAAGUUUUCAAUAACAGGCAAUCAUAGAUAGAAUCAUGAGAUGGUGACUUGGUUAUUUAUAAUGCAACUCUAGUGACCUUAAAUUACUCAGUAUUUUCAAUUAUCCUGUAAAACACGAAGUGAUGACUGGAAAGCAAAAUCGAACAUCAAAGCUAUGCAUUAUGGUCUGUAAUCCUCAGUACUAGGUAUUUCUUUUAGAUUUGCUGACUUAUUCACGAUAUGGCUUUGAAACAGUCUCCAACAUUGCAUUUCAAACUUUGAAGAGUUCACAUUGGCGCCCAUAACCUUUGAUAAGCUCUAUCAAGUAUAUUUGAUAGCGUGAACGUCAACACAAUUACCUAUUGAGCCCUUUAACUAUCUCCUAUUCUGUUUGACUAAUAUCCUUGCUAAAGCAAGCAAUUAGGCGGUUGUGAAAUUCUUCUAUUAGUUAUGAUGUCCUGAACACGUGAAGUGGGUAUUAUUUGUGUACUGAUAAGUCGGUUGCUUUGCUCCAAUCUCGCUAAACUUCUUCUUCACGAUCGAAGACGUAAGAGUGAGCGAGAGGCGUUUUAGUUUACUGUAUAUAAUACAAGGAGUACAACUACUGAAGCUGCUUCUGCGCUCAAAAUAGUCGCAUAUGCGUAAAUUAGAUAUCAGUAUCAAUGAAAUGCUUUCAAUUGAGAAAGAACCGAGACGGUAUGAAUUGAUAAUAUUACAACAGCCUGAGGUUUCUAGGAGAUCUAUGUUAAAUGACAAGGAGCGGAGGUGUGUAGAUCCACCACCCAUUCUCCAAUUGAAGAUAUACGAUAGAUAUGGUAGAUUGGAUGAUGAUGCAUUACGUUCACCUUAUUGGGUUGUACAUAGUAGUUUAGCCACUCACACCCCUCUGAGCACACCGCUCCAACAGUCUCAAAUAUUACAAGGUCUUCUUACAUCAUCAGCUCAUUAUUGUACGAGAACAGAAGUACACGACUCAGGCAGCUUCUUCCAUUUUAGCGAUUUGUCGUUCACAACGACAGGCGUAUACCAGCUCAAAUUUACACUGACUUCAGUUUACUCGUUACCAAUACUUCUUGGAGAGUUACCAACACUUGCAGAAGCGAUAUCAAACCCUAUACGCGUGUACACACCAAAAGAUUUCCCAGGUAUGGCUCAAUCAACCCCUUUAGCUAAAAGUUUGGCAGAGCAAAGCGUUUUGAUACCGAUACGCAAUGAAAAUCAUCGAAUCAGACAAUGAUAUGAUGACGAACGCAUUAAAUGCAAGUAAAAUCAAAUGGUUGUUGUACUGCGAUACACGAAGCACAAAUAGAUAGUGUAUUAUUAGUUAAGAGAUGCCGUCAUUUUCUAGAGGUGAAGGUUUUGCAAUGUAUGACGUGUACGACAGGCACGACUUAUUCCUAUGCACUUAUAAGCAAUUAAGUAACUAAAGUCCGUUACUUGAAGCAGUGUGCUUGAAUUGUGUACUGUGCCUUCGGGUAUUCGUCCCUCAGAAUGAAAGAAGUGGGGAUGAUGGAUUUACUGCUCCCUAUAUAUAGUCUUCAACUUGUAAAACUGCAAAGUAAUCUACAAGAAGGUCUUAAUUACCAAUAU